UGAUCGAGGCCCACCGCUUACCGACGGCCCGGCAGUCUACUAUCGAAAUCCGACGACGAGCUGCUAAAGCAGCCGACCGACACUCGCGCGUUGCCCACACGCGUCUACAUUGUUACCCGCGAGAUUUAAUAGACAACACUACUUCGAUUAAUCAAAAUUAUUCCCAUUGUAUAACACAUCGUUACUGCUGCUGCUUCCUAACUCGUCGUCCGGUCGCUUUCCACCGUUCGGAUAUCCGUCGUCCCGCAGGAGACCGUGUGCGCGCACGGUCAUGUCCGCGGUCUGCCGUCUGCUGCACGUUAACGGCGACGAGACGGUCGUCCGAGAUCAUCAUCAUCAUCAACGUCACUUCUGCACCAACUGCAGUCGGCAGAACGUCGGCGUCGGCUCGCAGAAAUAGACUGAACCUCCCUUAUCGAGGAUGGUGACGGCCCGUUGCACCCGCGGUCUCACCGCCACUACCGACUGCAGCGCCGGAUUUGGCUACUCCGCGGACGGCAAGCGGACAACGCCGACCACUGACCCCGUCUGCCACUGUUUGGCCUGUUGUUACGUCACCGCGACCGUCGCGCCCAGCCCGCGACCGGCGGUGGCCUCGACCACCGGAAGAAAGACGACGGCCGCGCGGGUGGAAGCGGAAGAAUCGCCAAGCUGCGAGCCGCCGUCCGAGGCCGCGGCGUUCGUCGCCUCCGCCACCGCGGCGGCGUUCGUCUUGCUGGCCGCUCUGCUGGCCGUUGUGCUGUCGUCGGCCGCGCUCUUGACCGUCGCGUCAAUGGUGCCGAUGGCCGACGCGGCCGCCCGCGAACUCCGCGGUCCCCAGGCCGCCGAUUACAUCCACCUGUGGCACCAGCAACAGCAGCACAAGCGGCUGUACGACGCCGGCGACGCGUCGAGACUGAAGAGACAGCUGUUCAACAAGAACGCGAACAGUGAGCCCGGAGUCGUAGCUUUGACGUUCUCGCUGAUCGGCGGUACUAUUUCGGACGCUCGUCAAGCGUUCCGGAACGUGUCGAGCAUCGUGCGGGACACGAUCGGCGAGGCGUCCAGAGAUCCCACGGCCAGCAGCACGGCGGCCGGGGAUCAGAUGAUGAUGGCCGCGGCCAACACGGCGGACAACGAGAUCGGCGGCGGCGGCGGAUCGGCGUCCACCACUCCGGACCCUAGGAUAGCCGGCCAAACGCUGGGCAAGCUGUUAGGCCGCAACUAUCGCGGUCUGCGCCGGCUGUUCAACUCCGAGCUCCGGUCCGCGGUCAAGAAUUCGCCGGGCAACAUCCGCGAUUUCGCCGUCGAGUUGAUGGGCUCCAUCGGGCAGAGCCUCAGACCGUCCAAUCUGUUUUCUCGUGGGCAGAUAAACGAUACCACGACCACAGCCGGUCGGCGAUAGGAAAGCGUCGACGGAAAACAGGAAAAGUCUAUGUCCGAGUCGAAGCCAGUCAGAGCCGUCGGCGACAACGAUAGCAAUGCAAUCUCGUCGGCCCACGACACGUCGCAACGUCAUAACCAUUAUAUUAAUUAUAAAUCAUAAUAUUACGCGGCCAUGUAUUAUUCCGUCUAUCGGUCGUAAACCAUAUUAUUAUAAAUCGUGUGACCGAUUGAAUAUUAAUGUGUGGAUCGAUAUUUGUCAUAAGUUAUAUAGUCAUCGUUAUAUAGUAAAUAAUACGGUAGUUUGUAGUUUUUGAACCAUGUAUUAUACUAUUAGAGUACAACUAGAACGUAGGUACCAUUUUUUUUUUCUUUUUCUGUAAACGCACUGGUCAUAGGAGUCGGAGUGAUUACAUUAUAUGCAUAUAAUAUGUGUAUUGCUCUGAUCCGCCAUAAUAAUCUUAGGGCGUAUGCUAUAUGCGUACGCGUAAUCCAUAGUACAUGUGUGUAUAUAUUUAGUAUUAUUUUUACCAUUAUUAUUAUUAUUAUUAUUGUAUUGUAUUAUUUCACGUAAGACUCAACAGACUCAACGUGUUAUGCGUAUAACGUGUAAACAAUUUUAUUAGCAUUUUAGUAAACAAUUUCACAAUGUAGCCAUGUUGCACGUGAUAAAAUUGGUGUACGACGCGCUUUGAUUGAUUAUUUAUUUGAAAUAUAUUAUAUUUGUAUACGA